AUGUUGACGGUCAAGUGCCCGAAUCUGGUGAAUAUCAUCAUCUUUGGAAGCCUGUGCACCGUUUACCGAGAUCCAGACAAGAAAUUGUGGCAUCCGCGUGCAAAAGUCGGUAUGAUCAUCGGUAAGAACGAUGAAAUUAAGGGUUUCAAGGUUUACAACCCAAAUGACCGGGUUGUGAUUACGACCCAACACAUCAAGAACGUGGAAACGAUUGGUAGCACCCAUAACGUACAGCUUCAAGCCCAGCUUUUGAAAGAGGACCCCGAAUUUUGGAAAUCAAUUAAUGAGUUUGAGGCAGUGGUAAGUCCAAAGGAAUCUACUCUUGGCAAUACUGGCAACAAGAGUGAAGAAAGUUUGAUUCAGAAGGAGAUUAGUCUCCAGCUGAUCUUGCAGCGACUUCAGCGGCUUGCAACAGCGCGGAUGCAUUCGCGCUACGUGGAAAAAAGCAUGUGCCCAUCGGGAUCGUAA